AUGAUGCAUCAGGCGAUGCCAAGCGGCUUGGCAUCUGAAGUGCCUCCCAAGGAGCGGCGGCAGCCAGCUCGGCGCGCUGUAGAGAAGUGCCUUCUCCGGGGCGCGCUCCUUUUAGCCGCUUGCGCUGCUUCGAAUGGAGCAGGGCCCGGGAGCUUUGCCGGCGUGCGCGGAGCUACGCUGCCCAGGUCUCCCCGGUCUCCCAUCGUUGCCUUGGCGGCGGAGGCGGCAACACCGGCAUCAAUCACCAUCUCAAAGAAGAUGAGUGAGUUGGACGAGGCGGUUAAGGCUGUCGAGAAGCCGGAAGAAGAACUUUAUUGGAGGGUGCUGGCUUAUUGCACGGCUUGUCGAACGCCUUGGUGCAAGCUGCCAUUUCGAAGGCACACCUGCUUGAAGGGAGAUGCUAAAGCAGAAGGCGCACGGGGCAUGCGCUGUGACAUGUCUUGGGAGGCAUACACGGACCUUCUCACGAAGUCUGUGCCACUGAUCUCCCACAAGAAGGCGCAGAUCCUCACGCGAGAGUGCUGGAGUAAUGGCGAUGCGGAUCCUAGUGGGAUUGGCGUGGUGACCGACGCCCGCCUGCACAGAGGGCGUGUUUGA